GGCCAAUAAUACAACAGUUGAGUAUGUACAGACUGUUUUAUCUUGGAAAGGUGAGUGUGUAUUUUGAACAUCAUUUCCAGUCCUACCAUUACUCCCUUCUUCACAUGCUGUUUGAUUUUAUCAACCAAAACGCUACCGAGUAAGAGGUUGAAAUAAAUAUAUUUUUCUUUCAUCCAGAGUAAGUAUAUUAGAAAGUUUUUAGGCAGCAGGACCGUACAAAAUAACCGAAAUAAUAACUUGCACUUAGUGUGCUUAUGGGAUCUUUGAUUUCAGAAAUAAUCAACAUAUUUAGAAGGUUGAAAUAAGAUUGUGCAUGUAUGUUGUAGGCUUUCAGAUUAAUCUAAAAAUACUUGAUUAGACGGCAAAAUGUAGUAUUUUUGUAAACUGCAUAAUUAAAGGCCUUACGGCUGCACUACUAUGCAGAGGUCACGGCCAAAAAAUAUAUGAUAAUUAUUCUAACACUGACUUGCGGAUCACAUUAUUUGGAACCACGAAAAAUAUGCUAUUUUCUGUUGUAAUUUCAAAAAGAAUCAAUAUAAUAAUAAAAUAAUCAGCACAAAAAGUGAAACGUUUUCUGGGAGCGGCACCGGUUGACUUCAAGCAGUGAAGGCCUGAACUCAAGUUGAGGAAGUCCUAGUAUUUAUUUGCCUUUAUGUUUAUUUUAAUAUCAAUGUUUUUCAAGUUUCGCUUCGUGAAACGUAUCCAAGAACUGAGGAGUUAAUUGAAACAUAGAAACAUACUCUUCUUGUUUCAUCAUCAUCAUCACUGCGGUCGAAUUAGACUCCCAGAGUCUGAAGUCAGGCCUUAAAGUUGACGGCGAGCCUGUGGCCUCAAUGCAGAUAUAGAUUAAUUAUUUUGGUAGUUUUAAUUUAUUGAGGCAACCGAGCUAUUAAUGAUUUUAAUAGAUUGUUUAUAGACAUAACCUAAUCAUUUGAGUGCUAUUGAAAGGGAAUAGAGACCCAGGAUGAACUACGGAAACUGUGACCCCGUGUUGAGUUGGGUUAUGAUCAUGUGGGUAACCUGCUUUUUAUUUCCACCAAUGACAGUGUUUUCUGACAUCACCACGGUCCAUUAGGCCUCAAGGAUUCAGAGCGCACUGUGCCAAUAAGAGGCCGCUCCUUUCAGACACAAAGCCUCCAUUCAUUUGACUUUGCUUUGUCUCUCUGACUGUCUUGUACUCCUGCGAAGGAGCUGCGGUUGGUUUCUGGCUCACCAACAAAUGUAAGAAGACCGCUGCGAUAUUCAAGUAGUGUGCAGGCUACUGUCCUCAUUUUUUAUGGUAGUUUAAUGGAAAAUGAUGAAGCAGACAUUUUUAGAAAGCAAAAUCAUAAAAAAAAGCAUUCAUGCAGAGCCAACAUUGUUUCUUUUCCAUGUCUAAAAUGUAUCAUAUACCCUAAUAUAUUGUCACAGCUGCAUAUAUCCCUAUAAGUUUUGUAAAUUUGAGUUUUUGACAUGUGAUGAGAUUCAGGAUCUCUUCCACAGUUCAGGAUUUAUGUGUCUUGAUGCCCCUAUGGAAUAGAGAAAGGAUUUUCUUGCAGCUGAGACAACAUCUGGCCAAAAUUCUCCAUAUGAGUGUAAUUUACUCAACGACAUACCCAUCAAAAACCUCAACCCCUUUGAUCUGCUGCUGCCCGAGGGCCUAUAGGCUAAAAGCAAACCUUGAGAGAGCAGCAGCCAUCAGCCCUUAGAGUGGCCUGCGUGGUUACGGUCCACUAAUUUACCUCCACAAGAUGUCGCCACCGGCAAGACCUUGAACCGGUGCCAAAUUAUUUUUGCACAGGAACCCCUGCAGGUUAAAAUGGAGCGAAACGGCUCAUCAUCGGUGGAUUAAUCAUUGCUGAAAGCUGGUAACGCAUUCCAGUUUUUUUUUACUUAUCUACAGUAUUGGCGAUUGUUGAGUUAUAGCCUCCUGCUGUCGGUUUCUUCGGGCCAGAAAAGCCUCCGAGAGACUACAUUUUGCCCUCCAGAUGUGAGGGGGAUUGUGCGUUGCGUCAUCCUGCCACUAGAUGAAGCUACAGGCACAGAAACACAGACACUUUUAUAUUUUCUUCCCUUUGUUUGUUUUUCUUCUUUUUUCAGUUGGCCUACUUUUGAAAUGAUAUAGUCAUAAAUGAGAUUAAUUGCUCUAACAGCAUAAAGCAUGCUAAAAAUGACUCACAAUUUGUUUUCUUUUGGGGGUCUAGUUAUUUUCAAGUGCGCAAUUUUCAAGUAAAAAAAACAAAGAGGAUUCACAUUUAGGCUAUUAAUGCCAAGUAUAACUCAACUCAGAACUCGGUUAAAGUAACAUAAGAAACCACUGACAGCCUCAGAAGUGAAUGAAUUAUUGUGCACUGAUGGCUGGAGGCUUUGAAACUGAUUCUCUUUAGAGAGGAAAGACCUGCAGAGGCCAGCAGUCCCCAACAACUGGAUCUGUCCUAAUUACAGAGAGAGAGAGAGAGAGAGAGAGAGAGAGAGAGAGAGAGAGAGAGAGAGAGAGAGAGAGAGGACAAGUGGAUCGCCCCUCAUCCUUUUUUUCCCCUAAAGCUGAAUCACAUCAUCACGGUGCAGCAGAGGGUUUCUUGUACUCUCGGUAUAACUCUCAAACAGAGAAACUCUCUGUAGCCAUGCACUGCCGUCAACUUAAUUUUAGAUUUUUGUCUUUCCGCGGGUGAGAUGUUGCCAAAUGUGAUUGUUUCGAUGUAUAUUCUGGCUCUUCAGUUGCGGCACUGCGCGGCUGAUCUGUGCAACUGGACUGGAAGCGGUUUUGCAGCUGGUGUGGACUCCAGGAUUGUACUCCAGGUGCGGCUUCGCUGUACAGAGGGCUCGGUAAGGUGGAUCUACCCGGGCCAGGCUGUCAGAGUGGUCCUGGAGCCCAACCUGUCUUCAGCCCGGCGCACCACCGUCUGCAUCAAACCGUCUCCCUCUUUCCGCGGAGCCAGUGUGUUCAUUGAACGGGCCGGGAAGCUGGAGCUCCUGGUGACGGACAGCGAGCGUCCGGAGCAGGUGUUCUGUUUCCGGGCAGAUGGACCACAUAGGCCCGCUAUCUACCUCCAGGCCAGCCCGCAGAGAGAUGGAGCCUGGAGCCGACGCGCAAUGGGCUUUAGAUAUGAGCUGCUGGGUAACAGGAGCGCUGCACCCAACCUGGGCCACAGCGGGCUGCAGACUUCAUGUCGGCCUUGCAAUGACACAGAACUUCUAAUGGCCAUCUGCAACAGUGAUUUUGUUGUCCGAGGCUAUAUCAAGAAUGUGUCCCACCACCCUGAACAUCAGACAUCCCUUGUGGAGGUGUCAGCCUCGAGGGUGUACUGGCAGCGCAGUGGAGUGUUCAUGCAACAAGUGGCUGCCUCUGGGUCAUCUCGGUCAGUCCCAUCUUGGCACGGACACAUCCACACACUCCUGCAGUGCUACGUGAAGCCUGGGGAUGGAGAGUUUCUUUUCACGGGGUCAGAACACUUCGGGGAAGCUUGGUUAGGGUGUGCCCCGCGAUACAAAGACUUCCUGUCUGUCUACCAGACUGCCCGGGCGUCACUUCGGAAUUCCUGCGACUUCCCUUUAGACUGAGGAAGUGCACUGCUGAGCCCUACCAGUCUUUAUCCACGGACAUCCUCACCACUGUGCUGGCACUGUGGGAUCCCUGUAACGUUGUCAUGGCAAAGGGACUGUGCCAUCAAGGUGGCAUCCAGCAUUACCAGCAGGGACAGAUAUACUGAAUGGCUGAUGGAGAGUACAUUUGGAGGAGCAGAACAGGCGCAAACAGCAGGGCCUCCUGCUCUGGUGCCUCCCGAGGCUCAGAGAGGGCCAGCCUUUGUCUCUCUCCCAUCACUGCCCUCGGUCCUGGGAGACUAAGAAGGGGUUGGGUUGCUUCUCUCUCUUUGUGCUUCUUUCCACAUCGGCUGUUGUUCACUUUGCUGGCUCUGUGUGAAAAUUGCCCUCUGAACUGAGGUGGGAGGGAAGAGUUAAGUACGAUCAUUUAUAAUUGCCAGUUUGUCUUAGUGAAUAGGCUUGUAUAUGACUAAGAAGUUAUUCUUAUCCUGAUUCAUCAUCUGCUAAAGUUUCAAAUCCUCAUUUUUUUGGUUAUUUAUAUGUUUUGUACACCACACAAGACCUUUGAAUGAAAUGUUUUUGUAUCUAACAGUGCUUACAAUGCAAACUAUCUGAUGUACUGAAGAAUCCACUGUAUUACAUUUAUUCAACAGAUGUUUUGCUGUAUUGUUCAAUUUUGGUUAAUUACAUUUUCCUUUGUUUUAUUUUUUCCUCCCACAUACCAUUUUUAUGGUGCAAUCAAUUUUUCCAACAUUUCAAAAUUGUUGAUUUAACAGAGACACAGUUUUUGUAUUUGUGUUUGAAUCAGAGACUACAUUAAAUCUUUUAAAAGCUUAGCCUGGCUUAGCUUAGCUUUGACUGGACGUUGCAUGUUUCUCUCUGUCUUUCAUCUGCCAAACUCAAUAUUUUAAUUCUCCCAAUCUUGCAAGAAGAAGUAAAACAUUUCCUCAGUUUUAUUUACCCAUUUAUCAUGACUGUGGGUUGUUUCAAUAAACUGCACAAAAAUGAACAUUUAAACA